AUGCAACCUCAGCAUUCAUGUACAGAUAAAGAUGAUCCAAAUGAAUUUCAAAAAGUGGUGGUAGAAUAUAGUGAAGAAGAUAUUAAAGCAGCUACAAACAACUAUUCUACAAUCAUUGGUAAGGGAGGCUUUGGCAUUGUGUUUUAUGGUCAACUAUCAGGAAACGAUGUUGCAGUGAAGAUACUUUCAACUGAUUCAUGUCAAGGAAAACAAGAAUUUCGAAAUGAGGUAACUCUCCUUUCAAGGGUACACCACAAGAAUCUUGUAAAUCUUCUUGGGUAUUGUAGACAGCCUAUAGUUGCCUUACUAUACGAAUUUAUGGAAUAUGGAACAUUGACGAACCAUAUACACGGCUCUGCUAAACGAGAGAGACCACUUGAUUGGCAAACUAGGAUUAAUAUUGCUCUACAAGCUGCAGAGGGUUUGCUAUACCUUCAUGAGGGUUGUAGCCCUCCUAUCAUACACAGAGAUAUUAAAUGCACUAAUAUACUUUUGGAUAAAAAUAUGUCUGCCAAGAUUACUGACUUUGGUUUAUCAAAGUUACUGCAAAACUCUCGAAGCCAUGUAACAACAGAAGUCAAGGGCACCCUCGGCUAUCUUGAUCCCGAAUAUUAUGGAACGUCGUCAUUAAAUGAAAAGAGUGAUGUCUAUAGUUUUCGUGUAGUUUUAUUCGAGAUUAUUUCUGGAGUACCACCCAAGGAGGGAAUUGUUGAAUCGGCUAAAAUAUUGCUUUCAUGCGGGAGAAUAGCAGACUUGAUGGAUUCUUUGUUGGGUGGCCAAUAUAGUUUAGAAUCUGCAUGGAGAGUUGCAGAGGUUGCGUACAAUUUUGUGGAACCAAGACCAGUAAAUAGACCCACUAUGAAUACUGUUGUGAAAGAGCUAGCAGAAGCAAAGGCACUUGUAUCACAUGAUGGCAUUAAACCUACAUCUUUAAAAGUACUGGACGACGUGCCUAAAGCUCGAUAG